UAGGAGAAACUCAGAAAGCAGUCGACCGUCAAAUUAAUGGCAGCCACUGAGUCGGUAUUAAAAAUCACCAGCCACACCUUUUACUAGUUCGCCUCGGUAUGAAUAUCUGUAUUGAUAUCAUGACACAUGAUUAUGUAGGCACGGAAAACUGACAAAAUCUGAAUUUUUUUUUCUAGUAUGCGCAAUGAAGUGUAGCAUACUCUGUAUCAUAUGUGUCUGUGCCGAUAAUCACUGAUCUGUUGACUAGGCGAUAGAAAUCCAUAAACCUUGACAACGAAGAAAGUUUGAGAAGAGGUGGCAACACUCAUCUCUGGUCUGUAUGGAUUUACUCCCCUUACCGUCAUCAUGUUGAACAAUAAUGGGAAGGUCCUGUAUUGCCACCAGGUACCGCCACACUACCAGGAGAAGUUCAUAUUGUCAGGUUACCGCUAUCGAUUCUCACUGACCGACUGCCUGCGCAGCAUAUUUGAUGUUCACAAUGAGACGCUGAACUUCUGGACACACUUCGUUCCUGCCUGGUACUUUUUCUGGCAUCUUAUCUUCCUGCUUGACACGCACGACUUCAUCAACGACCGGUACUCGUGGCCGCUGUUUGCCUUCAUGAUCGCGUCAUGUGCAUACCCAUUCAGCAGCUCGUUUGCGCAUCUCUUAUGCAGCAUGUCGCACCGAACGCGUCACAUUUGCUUCUUUUUCGACUACGCCGGCCUCAGCUUCUACGCGUUCGGUGUUGCAAUCGCGUACCGUGCCUACGCGAUGCCGGCUAUGCUGCUUGGUACCACCUAUGCCACGCUCUACUUGUACAGCUGCUUUGCGGUAUGCCUGCUGUGCACAGUCGUUACCUGCCUGUCACGCCUGCUCUUAGAGCAUUUCAAGUACUCGAAGACUCUCAAGAUUGCCGCGUUCUGCGUCAUGUACUUCUGGGUGAGUGCGCCUGUCAUGUACCGUCUAUCACUGUACGCUGCCGAGGAUCCUUAUGCCAAUUCGCACUGGGUGUUCCGCAAGCAGUUUGUGUUGGCAUUCGUAACAUGCUUCUUGUACGCGACACACAUCCCCGAGCGCUUUAUGCCGGGUAAGUUUGACUUCAUCGGACAUUCCCACAUGUUGUUUCACAUGUCGAGCGUCAUGGCAACAAACGAGCAGAUCAACGCGCUGCUCAUCGACAUGAAGCAACGCAAGGAUGAUGUUCUGGAUGCUGGCGAUGUACUCCCGUUCACAUGGAGCAUCGGCGCCCUCUGUCUGCUCACCGUAAUGAAUCUUGUCAUCGUCUUCACGUUCAUCGUGUAUCUCUACAGGAGCGAUCAUGGCCAUGACGAUUGAAGUUGGUGUUUCAGUAGUGCGGCGCACGUUUGCAUCAAUAGUUCAUGUGGUUCAAAUCUCGUUGCUUAUAUGCUCAGCGCUUUGCUCCGAAUAGAUCUUGCACAGUUGAGGCAAUUAAGUCGUCAUUGGAGUUUUUGUAUGUUUUCAUAACGUAUUAUUAUUAUUGGCACUCCAUCUCCAACCAGAUAAAUGUUCAUAGUUUUUUCCCAUCGCAACUAGGUGAGCCGAUUCACCACCACUUUAGAUGAAAUGACCUUCAGUCAUGGUCGAAUGCUAAAACCUCCACCCAGUGAAAAAAACCUGUGAUUAUAAGAGUGAUGUCAGUAGCUAGCAAAGUGAGUGUAGUCAAUUUAACUGAGCCUGAGUUGCAGCGCACAGCUCUUAGAGGAGAACUUGGUUUUUAAUAACUUUUGAUAGUGAUGAAGGUUGUAGUUGUGAAUGGUUGACAUCAGGCUUCAUGCCUGGUAGUCAAUGUAGCAUGUUGCAGUAGUGUUAGUUAAACACUUUAUUGUGUAGGUCAGUAAACUAUAUAGGCCCCCCUUCAUUAAAUUAAUUGACCGGUGAUAAUCAAGACAGGAGAGAAUUAAUAAUCAGUUGCUCCUGCAUAUAUGUUUAAAUUAGGAAUCUAUGUACUUGGUUUUUUAUCAAGUAUUCAUUAAGCGUGUGAACUACUCUCUUACAUGGAUACUUACUCUAAGGCUUUGUGAAUCUUCAAAAAAUACCACAAUGGUGUGCAUGGGCGGAUCUAGGGGGGGGGGUUGAUAAUUGAGUGAAGGCAUGCCGAAGGCACGCGGUGCUAGGGUGGUCCGGGGGCACGCCCCCUCCCACCUGGAAAAUUCAGGCAGCUGUGCGGUCCCAGGGAAAAUCCCCAGUUUCUAUCAGCCUGCAGACUGACUUUUUUAUUUUUGGCCCCAUUUUACUAGUAUCAUAACAUUAGUCAGUGGCUGAACGGGGGGGGGGGGUGCAACCCCCCAACUCCAUUCAAGAUCUGCCACUGGUAUGCAGUCUGAUGACAGUAUCAUAUUUCAUCUGGUGUCUAAUCCAAACCAUGGUAAAAUUUUACAAACCUUUGCUGAGCAACCUUUUCCAAAAAAUAUAGAAGAUAAACAUUUUAUUGUUGGAUUGAUACAUGAUGGUAUAUACCUAUGUGACGAAUGGUAUAUAGCAUACUUGAUGGUAUAGAUCAUAGUUAUGGUAUGAACCUAACUACGUGGGUUCAUGGUGAUAAUGUACAUGGUAAUGUUCCUAUUGUAAAUUAUUUACUUCCUGUUUAUUGUUAAAUCUUCGUAAUAUGCUCAAUUUAUUGUGCUAGUAUGUAAACUAUUUCAAUUGUAAAAUGCUCCCAAUAUUUUUCUCUUCUCUGCCCCCAGACAAUUAAAUAUCAAAUAUCUACAGUAUGUAGCAAAACCAGUAUAUAUGUAGGCUAUAGUUGUUACUUUGCUGAAAAUGUUCUCAUGAACUUGUAAAUUAUAUUUAUGCGAUGCUUUAUUUUUACAUUUAAUUUAAAAAUCAUUUAAAGAUUUGAUGUGUAGAUUAGCGCAGGUAAUAGUAAGUGCAGCUAUCUGAGACAAAAUCAUGUUAUUUUUUAAUAUUUCGUAAUAUUAUGAAUUAGCAUGCAGGAGGAUAUCAAGAUGAUGCAGCCAUUAGCCAUCGUAGCAUGGCUGACAAACAUCACUAAACUUGGUAUGCGACUUAUCAUGGGAAAAUAUACUUUAUAGAGCGACCAUAUAUAGAUAGCUUCAUGGAGCUUCAUAUUUUUGUGCCUUGAGCUUAGUAGCAAAGAUGUAUUUUUGAAAAAGAAUCAGCCAAUCGAAUGUCUAUUUUAAAUACAGUAUGAUUUUUGCAUGUUUGUGAGCUAUAUAGGACGUAAUUAGUAUUUGUAUGUGUAUAGAAAGUGUACGUGUAUUUUGAGCUCAUCAGACGUAGUCAGAUGCAGCUUGUAGAAUCGCAUGAUCGUCUGUGCGUCCGUCCGUCAACAGUUGGA